AUGAUAUAUUUGACAAAUUCAAGAAAUGAUGAUCUCCUUUUUAAAUAUCAUGAUGCAGAAUUCACGCUAAAUAAUUAUCGAAGCAGCAAUAUUUUUUUAAGUAUUGCAUAUAAAUUUAAUGAAUUUUUAUAUUAUUUAGAAGAAAAUAAAAAUGACAGAAAAAAUACAAAUGCUUACUUAUCAUUCUUACACGAAAAUAGACAUCCUUUUUACAACGAAUACAGUACUCCUCAAAAUUAUGAUCAUAUUAAUCACCAAGUCAAUAAAGGAAAACUACAAUAUAAUAAUAAUUUUAAUAACUAUAAUGUCAAUCUUAUUGACUUACAUAAAGAUAAACCCAAUUGUGAUUAUAUCAUAAACCGUAAAAUCCUGAAGAGCAACACUAUUUAUAAUAAAAUAAAAGUUAAAAAAAUCAUAGCAAAUAAAUUUAAGAAAAAUAUAAAACAUAUUAUACUUCGAAAUAAAAGAAAAUUCUCACAUAAACGUGUUACAUCAAAUAAAAUAAAUAGCCUUGUAUUACAUCCGUUAAUAUUCUCACAUGGUAAAAAAAAUGGAAUUAACAAAUUAUAUAAGACAGAUGUAAAACUUAAUAUAAAUCAACUCGAUUUGUUUUACUUGAAAGAAAAAAUAAAGCAAGAUGUAAAAUAUGACUCGAAUCAAUGUGUAUGUAAUUAUUAUCAGAUAAAUGCUUUACAUCAUAGCUUAUUACACAAUAAUGAAUAUAUAAAAUAUAUUAAAAAAAAUAAUUUUAGAGAACAUGAUUGUGUUAAAAAUACGGAAUAUAUUCAAUUUCAAAGAAAAAUAAUGCGUGGAAACAAUUUGGAAUAUUUUUAUAUUUUAAAACAAAAAAAAAUCAUAAAUAUUGCUAAGCAUUCUAAAGCAAAUAAUAUUAUCACCCCAUCUAAUGAAUGCAUUUUAUAUAAUAUUAGUCAAAAUAGUUUUGAAUAUCAUAAAAGUAAUAAUAUAACAUGUUCAAAUAAAAAUGAAAAAGGAAGCAACCACAUUACUAAGCACAAAGAAGAUAGUAAAAAAGAGGAAAGACGCACUCAUAAUAAUAAUAAUUCAAAUAGAUCAAACAAUUGUAAGCGAACUAAUGGAGGAAAUAAUGAUGAUAACAAUGAUGACGAAAAAGGGAAAGAUAAUAACAAAGAAUCGAGAAAAUGCAACAGUUGUAGAAAAAAAAAAAAAAAAACUAAUAAUAAUAAAGUAAACUACAGUAUUUGUAAAAAUAACAAUAAUAAAAAAUUAAAAUCAAAAAAGAUCGUGGCGAUGAAAUCAAAGAGCAAUGCGCAAAGGAAAACCAGAUCUAUAAAAAAAAAUCGCAUGAAUAAAACAAAUGAAACUUCAAUGAAUUAUGAUAAAAUAAAAAUAGACAAUGUAGCAAAUGCUGAUAAUAAUGUAAAUUCUAAAAAGGUACUUAUUGAUAGCCAAAAUGAGGAAGAUAGCAAAAAAAAUAUCGUGGUAGGGGGUGUUCCAAAAGACAAUCCACGAAUUUUUUCAGAAAAUGAAAAGGAUAAUAUAAUCACUAAUUAUAAUCCAUUAAACAAAUAUUUAAAUCAUUUAAAAAAUUUAAAUUAUGAUAUAAAAUUUGGAAAUGCAUACAUAAAAUUAAAAAAAAAAUUAAGUUUGCAAAAUAAGUGUCAAUUUGAAAUAUAUGAAGCGGAAAUUGUUGCAGUUGAUAAUAUUUGUAACAUGUUUUCCCCAUAUAUUCAAAAUUUUGAAAAUUUUUAUCAUAUACUAAAAAGAAAUACAAACAACUAUGAUUUUUUAAAAUCAAAUAUGCUUGAAGCGAAAGAUAUAAAAGAUAUUGAUAUUAAUGAAGAUAACAUAAGUGAUUUUAUUCAAACAAGUAAAGACUAUGAUUUAAUUAUUGAUUAUUUGAUUAAUAACAACUACUUAAUGAAUCAAAAUUUAAAAUCUGGAUUCGAAAAUGGAAACAAUUAUAUAUUUCCAACAAAUACCAGUACAAUCAAAUCAAUAGUUGAGGAUUAUGUAUAUCCUUUAUCAAUAGAAACCCAGAAAAAUUCAAUAGAAAGAGAUAAUUCAUUUCAAGCUUAUAAUAAUGAUAGUAUUAAUUUGAAAAGACAAAAAAUAUCGAUUAGUAAUUCCCCUUUAGAAAAAAUCUCAGAUAAUAGUACCCAUAGGGACAAUUGUAUCAGUCGCAUUAACAAUACCAACCGCAAUAUUAUUUUCCAAAAUAAAAACAAAGACAAUAUCGUUAACAACGAUAAUACUAUAAAUUCAAAUAAUAUACAUAAUUCUAUAAUUAUAAAUAUUGAAAAAAAAAAAAUGAGCAUUGAAGACAGCAGUGUUCCCCUGAAUAAAUCCAUUCGAAAUGCACCAAAAAGGAACUUUAAUAAUAUAACAUCAAGCAAACAAAUAUAUAAUGAAAAUUCAAAUAUAUUAGUUAGCAAAAAUUCAAAUGCUAUGUAUUCUAUUAUUAAAAAGGAAGAAAGUCAUAUUAACAGCAAAAAAAAUAUCAACAAUAAUAGUAAUUGUAGUAGUAAGACAAAAUUACUUUGUAACAAUAUUCAUACAAUUUCAGGGCAUUAUACCAGAAGUAAUAAAGAAGAAACUGAUUAUGAAAUAUUACCGAAUAAUGAGGAUAAUGAAAAAGACGAUAAACACACUAAUAAAGAAGGCAACGAAGUUUUUAAUGAUAAUAAAGAGGACCCCAUUAGCUUAUUACUGAAAAGAGAAAUUCUCUAUAAACAUUUAAUUAACGAAAUUAAAAAAAUAAGCUUUUUAAAACAAUUUGGAUAUAAAUCUUUAUAUGACAUACUAAAAGAAAGAUUUAAGAAAUAUAUGGAAACUAACAUGAGCAUAGAAUCACGUGUAAUUUAUAAUAUAAUAAAGCAUAUAAGUAAAUAUAUAAACAUUAAUGAAGUUAUAAACAACCCGUUUUAUAUUUACCAAAAUUCGAUAAAAAAUAUUCCUAAUAACAAAUUCGCAAUUAAAAUAUUAAAUAUUAAUGCCUGUAAUAUACAUAAAUUAAAAUAUAAAAUACACAGUUUAUUAUCUGAGGGGAAACAACUUAAAAAUGUCAAUAUGGAAAUUACUAAUUAUAAAAACAAAAAAAAAAAUGAGCAAAAUAUUUACCUAACGCAUGAAGAAAAUUUAAUAUCUUAUGAAAUGAAUAAAAAAAAACAUUUAAUGCUUUCUAAAAAUGGCUAUGAUUUUGAUACUAUGCUAAACCCACAUUGCAAUUCUCAUUUGCUCAAUGGAAAACAAGUAUACUUAUCAAAAAAAAAUUCAAUAGUUGACAACAAUGCUUAUAAUCAUAAUUCUAUACCUAAAAUUAUAGAUGUAAACAAAACAAAAUCAUAUAUAAAAUUUUCAUCAAAUUAUAUUGACAAUAUUAACAAUGAAAAUGACCCCAACAUUUUAUUGUCUAAUGAAAAUUUUAUUACUAAUGAAAAGUAUCAAACAAAAACACUGGGUCAAAACUCCUUAAAAAAUUAUGAAAAAAAUAUUCACCAUAUCAAUAUAAUGAACAGUAAUAUUAAUCACAACAAUAGUAACGCUAUUAUUAAUGCCAAUAAUAUCGAUAUAAGCAAUAUUGAAAGAAGUUUUAAUAGUAUGCUUAAUUGUAGUAUUAACAACCAAAUUAGCCAUACCAACUUUAGCCAGGAUAAAGAUACAAGUAUAGAGAACAAUAAUUGUUUUUAUUUUGGUUGUAAACGUUGCCUAAAUAUCUAUUAUGAUAAUCGUGUUAUUAACAUGAGCGAAUUGAAUCAGGAAACAUUUGAUAAUCACAUGCUCAAUAGUCAUGGGGAAAUGUGUAAUGAUAAUAUAAUCAAUGAAAAUGAUAUACAAGAAAAUUUAAGGACAGAAGAUAUGCCCAUUUCAAAUAGUAAUAAAAUGGAAAACAAUACUAAAAAAAUAAAAUACCAAAACCAGUUAAAAAUAGUGAAUAUGACUAAUGCUGCGAAUAAAAAAAUGGAAAAGAAAGGUACUCAAGAACCCAACACAAAUCGAAACCGUGUUUCAUCUAAUAAAAAAAUUAGUUGUACAAAACUCGAAAAUAAUAGUAAAAAAAAUAAUAUAAUUCAUAAAGAAAGUAAUAAUACUUCCAAAAAUGUAAAAGAACCACAACUAAACCUGAAAAGCAAUAUUAUCACCAAGAAAACAAGCGACCAAACAAAUAUACACACUAACAUUUUAGAAACUAAGGAUGAAGAAAUAUAUGAAAAAAAUAUAAAUAAUUAUACACACGAUGAUACAAAAGACAAAUUUGUUAAUGAAAAAAAACAAUUGGAAGGAAAAAAAAAAAAGAAAAAAAAAGAAAAAAAUACAAUUUCAAAAAACACUUUACCAUACCCCAAUAUGGAAUCAGAAUCACAAAAGGAGAUAUUAUCAUUCAAUUCAGGUGCGAAAAAUGAAAAUUAUUUAGAACUUAAAAAAUCAUCUAAUGAUUGCUACAUUCCAUAUGAUUCACUCAAAUUGAAUAUCAAUAGUUUCAAAAAUAUUGAGCUUAAAAUUUGUAAAAACUGUGAAGAAAGAAAUGUAGAAAAUGACAAUUCGUUAACAAAAAAAAUAAAUAAAAAGUGUAAAUAUAUGAAUGCAAUACCAAAAUUUUUGUGGUCGUCGGCUGGAACUACAAAAAAUAACGAACAUGUUCUAGGUGUAGCAAUGCAAAUGAUUGAAGGAUGUACAUUAACAUAUAUUAUACAAAAACUUAAAGGCACAGAAAAUAUAAAUUAUGGACUAUUUUUAUUAGAUAUUUGCAAAAAACUGGUCAAACGUUUAAUGGUAAUAAGUGAAUCUAUUGAUAAUCCUAUAAUUAAUUGGGAUACAAAGCCAGGAAAUAUUAUGGUAGACUAUAAACUUUCAAAAUCUAAAAUUAUAUGCAAAAAUGUUACUAUAAUAGAUAUAGGAGAUGCGCUACCAGGAAGAUGUUUUUUCUUUCCAACAAAUCCAUCAUAUUAUGAAAAAAUAAAAAUUAAUAACGGAAAUAAAAAUUUCAACUUCUUAUAUUAUGUUAUUUGUACAAAAGGCUAUUGUUCUCCUGAAUGCGCAUUGUUAGUCUUUUUGUUAUCAUCUUUAAAUAAAUCUGAUCAAUUUAGAAAAACAUGGUAUGGCGCAGAUUCAAAUAUUUAUCAUAUUAACAAAACAAAACAAUUAAGAAUCAAAUACAGAUGGAAAAAGUUGCUAGAUCUUCGUUUUAUUCAACCAAUUGUAAAAAGAAAGGAAAUCGCAUAUUGUGAACCCCCCUUAAAUACUAUGUUUCGAAAUUGUAAUUGUAAUAGUGCCACUGGCUCAAGCGGUAACAACACUGCAUCAUAUUUAAAUGAAAAUAAUAAUGUUGAUUUGAGAGAAAUAUAUUUGAAUUGCGAACAAAAUAAAAAUAUCAUUAAUCAUAACAGUAAUGAUAAUGCCUAUAUUAGUAACCACAUCACCAGUUGUAGUAGCAAAUGCACCAGCAAAAAAAACAGUGAAUGUAGUAUUACUAAUAUGAAAACUGUUUUUUCUGAAAAAAUUGACUUAAAUACAUAUAUAAUGCCCACAAACAAAAGCACUUAUCCUGCUGGAUACAUGAACACAGAUAUUAACAAUAAUAAUAAUGAUGACAAAGAAUGCACUUCUUUAAGAGAACAAACUAAUGGUAAUAAUAUCCUGAAUGAAAGAAAUAUUUAUUUACCCAAUAAUAUUUAUGAUAAAAAAAACAAAUUACACCUUGAAUACCCUAUGAAAGGAAUAGAUGAAAAUAAAUUAGAACAUAAAAAUUCAGAUGAACACCAAAAUGAUAUAUUAAAAAACUAUUAUUUACAUAACGUAUGUACACAUGAUAUCCCUGAUGAUAAUUUAAAAACUGAAUAUGUCGAUAAUGAUGAAAUAAUGGACUAUUUAAAUAAUAAGGAUCAUUUAUUAAAAAAAAUAGAAACCGACUUAAAUAAUUGUGAUCGAAAAACACGACGAAAAAAGGAAUAUGAUUAUUUUGAAAUGCAUUCGGUUGAUACUUGGGUUAUUAAAUUUACAACUCAAACAACGAUAUUUAGUGUAGGUCUAGUAUUGUGUCAAUUAUUCGGAGGACAAAAUUUAUUAACUGUUGCCAAUAAAAAUGAAGUCAAAGUUGUCGAUUUGCUAUGCGAAUGGAAUUGUAAAAAUAGUACUAAUAUAUAUUCUGGAGAAAAAAAUAUUACUAUUGAUGAUCUAUUGCCAAAUAAAGGAGUUUUUUCAAAUGAUAUUUGGAAGGAAAAUGUUUCUAAUAUUAUUAAAAAUUGUUUACAUUUCAUACCAUCACAACGGUAUUCAUUUCAGCAAUUGUAUAAUGAUCUAAAAACUCUAAAAAAAGAAUACAAAACAUAUUAUAAUUUAAAAGAUUCAUGA